AUGAACGACCGAAAACGUGCUUUCGAAGCCACAGGAGGCGAAGUCAGCAACAAGAAGUUGAAAAGCGAUACCCCAACAAGUUCUAAUGGAGCCUCGACGCCAUCAGGACUUUCAGCCGCUGAGCUGAUCGCUCAAAAACGCGCUGAAAUUGCAGCCAAGCAUGCGGCCAUGAUGAAGAAGAACCCUGCUCUUGCGUCGGCAACAGCAAUACGACCAAAUGCAGGUGUCGCAGCACCCGUACCGAAAGUACCUCUCGUACCUGCUUCGGUCCCUUCCAAGGUCGUUUAUGCCGCCACCCCCUCACCGACAGCCACCACACCGGCAUCAGGAUCCGGGACACCUGCAACGCCAGGCUUAUCUGACGACCUCAUGCGUCGAGUUGUAGAAGCCAAGCGACGUGUUGCCGAUGCUCAGAGCAAGCUAGCCGUGAAGGAUAACCCGUACAUGGCUCUAGCUGCCGCAAGCAAGAAGAAAGGCACUCCCGCUGAACAGCCCCAACAGGGUGCAGGUCUAAAGAUGGCCGCCCACCCCCUCCUCCUCGACCAGACUCCCGUUCUCCAGCAAUCGAAAAAGGACCGAUACAAGCCAAUGCAACCUAAGUUUGCAUCAAUCAAAGCCAAUGCGCGGAAUCAGCCCUCUCCUACACCGACACCCAUACCCGUAGCAACCCCGAGCCCGACAGUCAAUCCAUACAGCUCCACCCCGAAAGAGAGUACGGGAUUCGAUGGUGCACCUCGUGAACGGGCCGGGAAGAAGUUCCAUUUCAACCCCAAGGGCAAGUAUGUCGCUCUCGGAAACCAGAUGCGGCAGGAGGUUCAGCUGGAGGCGCUGAAGCAGCGCAUUGCGGAGAGUGCAAGGAAGGCAGGUCUAGAUGGCGACAUGGGCAUCGAGAAGGCGAUCAAGCGUCCAGCACCUCCCGAGACAGAGUGGUGGGAUGCGGCCUUCCUGCCGUCAAAGAAGUACGAGGACAUUGACCACUUGGGCGUGGUGGGCCUGAAUAUUAGGAACUCGGACUCUCCCAUCACGAUCUACAUCCAACACCCAAUUCCCAUCCCCGCACCAUUUGAGAAGAGCACGGUCGAGUUGAAGCCGAUGAUGCUGACGACGAAGGAGCAGAAGAAGAUGAGGAAGUUGAGGAGAAAGCAGGAGUUGCAAGAUAAGAGAGAUCGGAUUCGGAUGGGCUUGCUGCCUCCAGACGCACCUAAAGUCCGUCUGGCCAACCUCAUGAAGGUCCUGACGUCGGACGCGAUCCAAGACCCCACUCGCGUCGAAGCCCGCGUCCGUCGGGAGGUCGCCAUGCGGAAGCACACGCACGAGAAGAUGAACGCCGAGCGCAAGCUCACCGACGAACAGCGCCGCGAAAAGCUCGAGAACAAGAAGGCCGACGAGGAGAAGAAAGGCAUCUUCGGUGCCGUCUACAAGGUUCUCAUCCUCUCCGAUCCCGCGCACCAGUUCAAGGUCCGGAAGAACGCGGAUCAACUCAGCCUUACCGGCGUGUGUAUCUUCAACCCCACGUUCAAUUUGGUGUAUGUUGAGGGUGCUGCGAAGUAUAUGAAGAACUACAAGCGCCUUAUGAUGCACCGCAUCGCGUGGACAGAGGCUGCCCGCCCGAGAGGCGGCGAGGACGUCGAGCUGGAGAACCCUGACUCAGACGUCGAGGGUGACAGCACAAACGCGACAUCAGCCAACGGAAAAGGGAAAGGAAAAGAGGGCGAGGAGACCAAGUCGCUGGAAGAUAACAGGUGCUUCCUGAUCUGGGAGGGCAAUCUAAGAGACAGGGAGUACAGCAAUUUCAGGGCCAAGAGCUGCCCGACGGAUCGUGAGGCGAAGGAAUUCCUUGGGGAGAAGCUCAAGGGGUACUGGGAUGUGGCCAAGAACUGGAAGGCGGAGGAGGAGGAACUCUACUAA